GAUUGAAGACAGGAAUGGAAUGCAUGGUGUUGCUGCUGGGACUGUGUGGAGAAACGAAUGAAAGGAUGAUUGAUGCAGUGAAAGAGUUCGUGGAGAAAAUGUGGCGCACUAGAUGUAGGAGCUAGUGGUGUGAUAGAUGCUGUAUGACUCUAUAUGCCGUUUUCUGUUUGUCGUUCUUUGUUUUUUUUUUUUUUUUUUACCCUACAUGAGUGACGACGCAAAGGCCUGGCUUGGAAGGAAUCUUGAGCCUCCUCAAAGUUCAAGAACAAGAUCACCAAGCAACCACAAAAUGUUUGUGGUUCAUGCGAGGAGAGUGUGGCGAACAGGCAAAGGGCUGUGGCAUGCGAGAGAUGCAUGGCGUGGUUCCAUGUAGCCUGUGUGGGCAUGAGGGAGGCCAACAUGAAGGCGUUAGGGUUCAAGCUUCUGGUGUUCCUCUGCAGGGAAUGCCUGAGCAAGAGCCUCAAUGAGUGGAGGAACCAGGAUGAGGAAAAAGAAGAGAGAGUGGAGCAGAGCACCCAGACAGAAAACCUGAUGAAAGAGGCAGAAGCACAGAUGACGAAGGCUGAAGAGAGAAAAGACCAGCAAGAAGUGGUGGAAGUGGCCAGAACAGACAGACGCCCAAGGAAGAAGAGAAUGGUAAUCAAGAAAGCCCCAGUAUGUGUCAUUGGAGACAGCAUGGUAAGGAAGACUCCCGACUUUGUGAGAAGGGAAAUUGAGUGCACCAGCAUGGGAGGUGCUAAGAUCCAAGACGUCAAGAGGAAAGUCAAGGAAGAAGUGCAAGAAAUGGAAGAGAGAAGCCUGCUAGUUGUCCAAGGAGGAGGCAACAACUUAGUAGAGGCAGGUGCUGAAGACACAGUAAAGGAAGUGAUAGAAGCAGUGAGGGCAGCAGAAGAAAAGAUGUGUGUGGCUGUGGUGGGGGUCCUGCGGUGCCCACGGGAAGGAGUGCAGUACGAGAAGGUCAGAACUGCAAGAUAUGCAUGGAACUCAUGAAGGUCAAAAUGGAAUGGAUGGCAGAGAAGAAGGGCAACGUGAGCUUCCUAGACAUGGAUGGGAUCCUCGACCAGGACAAAUUCUUCGGGAGAGACGCGGUCCACUUCAACCACAACGGGAAUGAGAGGCUAGGACGUCGACUGGCUGAGUGGAUGAGGGCGAGGCAGGUGUGUUGUGUGGACGAGGCAUGAUGAGGAGGACCCACUGAUGUCAGCGAACAUGGAAGAAAAGAGACUAACCAGGCAAGUAAAUGUGUGAAGAUUGGCUGUAUGAAUGUGAGAGGAUGGGGUGUGGGCAAGUUUGAGGAUGUAUGCAAGGAGCUCAGGGAGUGGAGGUUCGACUUAGUCGGGCUCACUGAGACUCACCUGAGAGAUGAUGUACGAAUGGAGGGAUGCGAGUAUGUUAUGAUUGGAAAGGGGCGUAAGGCACAGGAAACACUGGGAGGAGGCGUAGCCCUACUCUACAAGAAAGAAAGAGGACUGAAAGUAGAGGAGAUUGAUGUGGGGGAGUGUACAAGUAGUGAGGAUGUGCUUGCAGUAAGAGUGGAAUGCAUGGAUGGUCGUAGCAGACCAGAGAAGGUGGUACUGGUGGUAGCGUACAUGACUGUCAUGGGUGAAAGAGCAGAGAGGGAAAAUAGGAGGAAGUAUGACAUACUUAAGAAAGUUGUGAGAGAGCAUGGAGAGGAGAGAGUGCUAAUUAUGGGUGACAUGAAUGCACAUGUGGGAAUACUGGGGGAACAGGUGAACAGGAAUGGUGAAAUGCUUGGAGAGUUUGUUGAUGAACUGGAGCUGGAAAAUCUGAAUGUUACUUUGGCUGAGGGGCGUGUGACUUGGAGUGCAAGAGAACAGGAAUCGGCAAUUGACUACAUGUUGGUGAAUGGAAGAAUGCGUGAAAUUGUGCCUCACAUGUGGAUAGAUGAGGAUGGUUUGGUUGAUAUUGUGUCCGAUCACAACAUGCUGGUGGUGGAGUGCUUGAUGCAGGGUGGGAAUGAAGUGAAACUGGCAAGUAAGAAAAAGAAGUGGAGACUGAGAGAUGUAGGGUGGGAGAACUUUUAGGUUGAUCUGAGUGAGAGAAGCUGGGACGAUGUAAGUGUGCAUGACGUGGAGCAUCUGAAUGAGAAACUGGUUGAGGACGUGAGGGGUGCUGCUGAGAACCAGAUAGGGUUUGUGAGAGUAGGUAGAAGAAAGAAUGUAUGUAAACCAUGGUGGAAUGAUGAAAUCAGAGCGGCUAGGAAGGAGCGAAAGAGAAUGAGUAGACAGUGUAGAUGGCUGAGGAAAAAGAGGCAUGAAAGCGAUGAGGCAGAGAAUGAGUAUCAGAAUGCAUGGGCAGCGUAUGUGAAGCAGCAGUGGUUGACAAGACGAAUGAUAAUGAAUGCUAAAGUGAAGAGUGAAAGGAGCGUGAUUCAAUCUUUAAGGGAGAAAGGUAUGGAAGGUGGCCGUGAAUGGUACAAGUCCAUGAGAGGUGAGAAUAUGUGAGGCAGUGUUGGCGUGGAGAGUCUAAAAGUGGAGGGUGUAGUUAUAACAGAGAAGGAGGGAAUCAGGGAGGCAAUCAAAGGGUUCUGGGAAGAAGUAGGUGGGGUAGGUGAGAUGUUUAGUGUGAGAGAAGAAUGUGUAACACUGGAAAGAAAGAAUGCAGAUGAACUGGAUGAAAGAAUCAGUAAGGAGGAAGUGGAGAGGUGUGUGAGAAGGCAGAAGAAUGGCAAGACAGCAGGUCCAGAUGAUAUACCCUAUGAGUUCUACAAGAAUGGUGGGGAGGUAGUGAUAGACAGAAUGACUGAGUUAUUCAACCGAGUGUGGGAUGAAGAGAGAGUGCUAAGAAAGUGGAAUGAGAGCCGAGUGUGUCUGUUGCAUAAGGGAGGAUUUAAGAGUAAGAAUGAGCUGAAGAACUACAGGCCAAUUGCAUUAGUGAAUACAAUAGGUAAAGUUUUCAGUGCAAUGUUGAAUGAGAGACUGCAUAAAUGGAUUGAGAAAGCUGGAGUGCUGGGUGAAGAACAGAAUGGUUUUCGUGGGAAUAGGAGAGCUGAGGAUAAUAUGUUUGUGGUGAAUGAAAUGAUUGAGAAGAAAAAGAAGGAUGGGGGUAAAUUGUACCUAGGUUUUUUGGAUAUACAGAAAGCUUAUGAUAGAGUGAACAGAGAAAUGCUAGGUAGAGUUUUGGAAAAGAUUGGAUUGAGUGCAAAGAUAGUUAACAUAGUGCAAAGUAUGUAUGUGGACACAAGAGCUAGAUACAGGCUAGGAGACAGAAACAGACUGGGUGAAGAGUGAGAGAGGAGUUAGGCAAGGCUGUAUAUUGUCACCAACCCUUUUUAGCCUGUAUACAGAGGAGCUAGCAGCCAGGAUGAGAAGAAUGAAUGUAGGGGUAAGUGUGGGGAAUGAUAAAGUAUUUGUGCUCCUUUAUGCAGAUGAUGUAGUUGUUAUGAGUGAAUCGGCAGAUGAGCUUCAAAGUUUGUUGGAUGUAGUGGAUGGCUAUGGUAAAGACUUUGGAGUAAGGUUUAGCAGUGAGAAAAGCAAAGUAAUGAUUGUGAAUAGGUCAGAGGAUGAAAGUAAUGUGGUAUGGAGACUUGGAGAGAAUGAGUUGAGACAGGUGCAAGAAUACAAGUACUUAAGGAUGUGGAUGAGUCCUAGUGGAUGUGCAAAGGCAAAGAAUGAAAAGAUAAGUAUGGUAGCGCGGCAAGGAUGAGAGCAAGUAAGUGUGAUGUGUUGAGAGAAGUGUGGAAGAGUGUGGCUGUGCCAAGUAUAAUGUAUGGUAUGGAUGUGAUUGCAUGGAAUGAAAGUGAAAUUGAUAAGUUAGAAGUGGGCCAGAAUAGAGUAGCAAGGAUGGCACUGAGUGCACCGAGGUGCACAGCAGUUGAAGCCUUGAGAGGUGACAUGGGAUGGAGCACCUUUAGGGAAAGACUCACAAAAGCCACACUAAUGUACAAGAUUAGGCUUGAGAGAAUGGAUGAUGCAAGAAUAGCAAGGAAGGUGUACCUGUGGAAUGAAAGUGGAAGCAAAUGGAGGAAGAGAUGCAUGAGAAUGACAGACAGGAAUGGAUUGCAAGUUGUGUGGGCGAUAAGAAUGGCUGGGAGGAACCAAAAUGAGCGUGAAUGGGUGGUAACAAGAGGAGGCAGAGUGAGAACCGAAUGGGAUGUGAGAAAAUGGAAGAAUGAGAUAGACAAAGAAGUGAAAUGUGUGGGACUGAAUGAAUGGAAGAAUGAAAUGGAAGAAAGAAGACCCUGGAAUGGUACAAGGAGAAAGAGGCCCCGAGGUAUGAAAGGUGGUAUGAUGGAAGCCUGGGCGGUGAUCUUCUCUUCCGAGCGAGGGCACAGUGUAUGGAUGUGAAUGCAAGGAGUUACAGGUGGUCUGAGUCCCGCAGCAAAGUGUGCCAGAUGUGUGACAUGGGAGAGGAUGAGACGGUGGAACAUGUGGUGCUGGAGUGUGUGAAGUAUGCCAGAGACAGGAAUGAGAUGAUGCAAGUGAUACUGACUGAGUUAGGGCAUGAUAGGAAUGAAAGAGUGGAGAAGACAGGAAAGGAAUGGAUGGUGUUGUUGCUGGGACUGUGUAGAGAAUGAAAUGAUGAUUGAGGCGGUGAAAGAGUUUCUGGAGAGAAUGUGGCGUGCCAGAUGUAGGAACAAUUAGGAUAGAGGAUGCUGUUCGUUUCUUUUUUUUUUUUCCCCUUUCUACAGUUGCCGAUACAAAGGCCUGGCUCAGGAGUGAUCCUGUGCCAUCUUUACCAUCAAGAUCAAGAUCAAGUGUGUGUAUUUCUGAGGGGCGGUGGAGUGGCCCGACAGAAUUUAGUCCUACACAGACCAGGCCAGAGUCCAGGCCGCCGCCCUGCCUGGCACCCACCACUCCAGCCAGCUUCCGUGAGGGUCCCUGCAGGACGGGCUGUGGCGUGUACUGCAGUGGAGGCUGUGAGGCCGGGCAUCAGCAUGAGUGGCCAGCAGCAGCAGUCUGUGUCAGGUGUGGGCAGGCGCAGGCGUGGCAGGAAUCACCAGGAGGCAGGCAGCUCUGGCCACAAAGGAGAGGCCAAGUUUGAGUGUCAGCUGUGUGAUAAAACCUUUAAAUGUAACAAAGGGCUGAGGUACCACACCCUGACACACAAUGGUGUCAAGAAUUAUGAGUGUGACUUGUGUGGCAAGAAAUUUACCACAAAGUCUCAGCUCACCAUACACAUCCUGACACACACUGGUGUCAGGAAUCAUGAGUGUAAAGAGUGUGGGAAGAAGUUUACCACAAGGUCUCACCUCACCAGACACAUCCUGAUACACACUGGUGCCAGGAAUUAUGAGUGUGAAGAGUGUGAAAAGAAAUUUAUCACAAAGUGUGAUCUCACCAGACACACCCUGACUCACAGUGGUGUCAGGAAUUACGAGUGUGAAGAGUGUGGCAAAAGAUUUCCUACCAUUGCUGUUCUCAACAGGCACGCCUUCAGACACACUGGCUUGAGGGAGUUCAAGUGUGAUGUUUGUGGCAAGUGUUUCAAGACAAAGCCUGACAUUGCCAAGCAUGUGAAGAUUCACUUUUGAGGUGGCUGUACCCUGGCAUGUGGUGGUGGUGGUGGUGGUGGUGGUGGUGUGGUAGUAAUAGUAGUAGUAGUAGUAGUAGUAGUGGCCCCAACAGCUGUUUUGUUGGCAGUACAAGUGUGACUCAAUGUGUCUGUAUAGUUGUGAGAGAAUCGCCAGCCAUUUAAGCACUCCUUUAACUACUGUGGUAAAGGGAGGCAUGACCGUCCUUCCUCCACGUUAAGGGCGGAGUGUCUCACCCAAGGUUUCUCUUCCUCCUCUCGAAUCCUCAAGCAGAAGGGACUCGGGCUGCUGACUCCUCAUGAUACAGUGUCACCGCUUCAGAGCAACGCCUCCAGUGCCCUCGUCACCACCCCCUCCCUCCUUGGUAGGUGAAACUCUGCAGGAGUUGACAUGGGAGGCCAGCAGACACCAGACAGCAGACAGCUCUCAACACUUGCCAUGACUACACCUCCGUUCAGCUGUUCUCUACCACUCCUGAAGGCUUCGGUGAAGAUUGCGGCCCCAACUCGUUCCUGGUUCAAGCCCUGCUGGCUGAGGCGACAUUCCCACGCCUGCCAGGACGCCGGCCUCCAAAGACUCCCCCAGGACUCUUGGUGAUAUUGCCAGACAUCUCUGUUAUUGUUGGGUUGUGGGUUUGUGUUUUUGUUAAUUAUAAUUGUGGAGUUCUGUUCUCCACCGUUUUCUUUACGUCCCAAGCUUAGGAGUGUUGACGGGAAGAGUAGCCAUCCUGGUCCUGACACUGGUGAACCUUGGUGUAUGAGCAUCAGGAGUGUGCUUGUGUAUGCACCAAGUUGUCGUGUGUCAUGGCUGACCUCUGUGUGUAUUGUAACAAGUCCCUCCACUGUCAUAUGCAAGAUUCCGCAGUGCGUGUUAACUCUCUGUCUGUGUGAGGCUACUGGAGGAUGGAGAUGUAAAUGAAAAUGAGGUACACCA